AUGAGCUUGGACAAGAAGACCAAGGGGGCUCUGGUGGAGCUUCUUCGCGAACAUGGAGAAGAACCACCCACACGGUGGACCAAGGUGGAGCUACGUCAGAGGCUCAUCGAAUUGAAUCCAUCGUUGGACAAGACGAUCUCCAAGGAAGCCAAGAUGACAGAGCUACAGCAGUGGGUGGGCAAGAUCAACCGCGCAAGCGUCAAGAAGGCCAACCUGGUGCAGCUGUGUCAGGACGAGCUCCAGCUCACCCUUUCGGGGAACGAGACGGUGGCGACCUUGGAGAAGCUGGCCAUGCAGCGGGCCAGUGUUCUUGCCAAGCCCAUGGCUCAGGACUAUGUGGGCUUCGGAAAGCAUGCAGGCCUGGAGUACCAGGACAUCAACGAGUUUCAGCCAGCUUACCGCGAGUGGGUGUUAAAGACCGAUGCCGAGGAGACUGGAUGCGACUACCGCUUGAGACGUCUAGCGGUGUGGCUGCGCGAGAACCCAGUGCGGAAGGGCAGCCAACGAGAUCUACCAGUUCGGGGACAGCCAAAGUCCAAGGCUAUGUUUCGCCCGAGCGGAGCGACCGGGUCUACAACGCCGCCGGCAACGGAGAUGUCGCCUUCGGCACCUUCCGUGGUGGACCGGGACAUGAUCGCCAUUCUCCAGAAUCUGGCGGGCACGGUUCAGGACCUGCAGCAGGAGAUGGCCGAGCUCAAGGGCGAGCGUCCGCGCAAGAAGGAUCAGAAGACGACCAAGUCAGUGUCCGACACGACGUCGGAAGGCUACACCAAGGACUAUGAGGCUCUAGGUGACUUGAGCGCCGGGAGAGCUAGCCAGUUGGAGCAACAGUCGUGGGAAAUUGUGGGCUGUGAACCUAAUAGUUUUCUCACGACGGCUGUUCAAGACUUGAUCGGUAGUGUAGAAGCAGCCAAGCGGUUAUCCACUUGGAAUGGUGCCAAUCUUGGGACCUCAGAGGGUGUGAAGUUGAUUUUGCAGCAAGUUUGUUUUUCACAACCUGGGUUUGUGUGGCUGACCACACCAGACUCAGCUUUCUCUCCAAUGCAGCAUUCGAACUCUCGAACCGACGCGCAAAAAGAGGACCUUCAGCGGAAGCGAGCUGUGGCCCGCAAGACCUUUGAGGGAGCUGCCAUUGUUUAUCGCUACUGUAUUCAGCAGGGCAUUCAUUGCGCAUGGGUGAUGUCUGAGAAAUCCGAUGCAUGGAGACUUCCCUUGUUGCAGAAUCUGAUUCGACAGUAUCAAGCACAACAAGCUGUGACUCAUGGUUGUCGUGUUGGGUUGCGUAGCAUGGAGGACAACAGGACUGUGAAGAAAGGGUGGAAGCUCAUCACGUCUCAUGCUAGGAAUGCAAAGGACAGACUUCCUUACCAGAACGGUUCGGAGAAGGGGGGAGAACUUCAGAUCUUUGACCAGGCUUCAGGGAUUCAGGGAGACCCUACACCCAAGGCACCCCAGGUCCAGGAUGUGGUACCCGAGAACCUACAGCAUGAGACCUAUGCAGCCGAAGAACUCCAGGAAGCUGAGGACCUGGCCAAGCAACUUCUGAGACAGAAAGAUUUCAGCGAGGCUUCAUGCCUCCAGUUGAUCCACAGGAUGCCUAUGAAGGCACACCCAUCAAGGACAGGGCAGCUAGGACCAGAGAAGGUACAGUACCAUGUCUUCGGUGCAUAUGCGUAUGGAGCUCAGUUUGGCGUAAGUAACAGAACUGAACAGAUGAAGCAGUGUGUCAAGUAUCUGAAUGCCUUCAUGAAAGCACAUGCCAGGGAUCAUCGUAGAUGGACUUCGAUGGUGCUGAGUGUCAACAACAAACUUCCGUUGCAUCGAGACGUGAACAAUGAAGCCAACCAACCUAAUAUGGUCUUAGGACUUGGUUCCUACAGCGGAGGAGAAUUGUGGGUUCAAGAAACCAUCCAGGCCCGCGAAAUGGGAAUCGCGACUUCAGAGGAGCGACCUCUGACCAAGAAAACCACGCCACACGGCGAGGACGUGUGGGGGAGGGAGUGUUUGGGGGUGUUCGCAGUGGGUGGGGAUCAGGCCUCUCGAGACAAGGAGACCGAGAAGAUCAAGAAGCAACUAUACUUGCUUCAUGCAGCGACAGGCCACUGUUCCACCAAGCAUCUGGUGACGGCUCUGAAGCGCAGGAAUGCGCGACCGGAAGUGAUUAAGCUUGCUUCGGAGUUUCGGUGUUCUAUCUGCGAGGAACGACAGAAGCUCAUGCCGAGGCAUUUGGCUUCGCUAGAGCCGUUGCCACCCAAGUUCCACACCAUUUCGGCUGACGUGGGGCACUGGACGCAUCCAGAGACCCAAGAACAGCACCAGUUCCUAGUGGUCAUAGACGAAGGGUCAAGGUUCCGUGUGGCUAGAAUGGUCUCGAAAGGUCCAAAGCAGCAGCCAUCAGGAGCUACCUGCGUCCAGUACCUCCGAGAGGGCUGGGCACAAAUCUUUGGGAAUCCCAGGACCCUCCGAUUGGAUCCAGCGGGGAGCUUCAGGAGUCAGGCCAUUCUGGAUUUCUGUGAUCGGCAUCAGAUUUUCUUGGACUUGGUUCCAGGGGAGGCCCAUUGGAAGAUUGGAGUUUGUGAGCAAGCAGUUCAGGGUCUGAAAUCGGUCAUGGACAAGGUUUGUAGGGCAGAAGGAACUCUGACAGCGGAAGAGGCUUUAUCGACAGCUGUGCGCAUCUUUAAUCAGCGAGACCUGGUUAGGGGAUAUUCGCCGGUGCAACAUGUUUUAGGACAAGCUCCUGAUGAGACCGGUAGGAUUGAUGUGGCCACACCCAAUCUCCCUCCUGAACUCCUGGUUGAAAAUCCGGGAACCGAGUUCGCACAGGCUGUUGCGCGUAGGACGGAAGCUGAAAAGGCCCACGCUGAGUGGAACGCAAGGCAGAGGCUGGUGCGAGCAGCAAAUUCCAGGAGUAGAAGGGUCAUGGACUACCAGCCGGGAGAGCUUGUGUACUUUUGGAGGCAGCAACAUUCAGGUAAGAACCGUCAAGGGCCUCAGUCCAAGAAGGGAGUGUUCAUGGGACCCGCUAGGAUUCUUGCAACCGAAAAGAAGAGGAACCCAGAUGGAACGUUGCAAGAUGGAUCCAUUGUAUGGUGCGUACGCGGCAGGCAGUUGAUCAAAUGUUGCGUUGAGCAGCUGAGAAGGGCUUCUCCGAGGGAGGAGUUGGUGGAGACUCUUUCCACUCAGGACAACACCCCCUGGGUGUUCACUAAGGUGGCUGAGCAGAUCGGGGGUAACCAGUUCGAAGAUGUCUCGCAGGACAAUCCCCAGCUGGAGGAGUGGUGGAGAGCUCAGAAUCCUGAGGAGGAAAUCCAACCAGCAAGAAGGAGAAUCACUGAGAAACGUUCUGCUCCUCCAAGGGUUCCGGAUGACUCCGAGGAGGAACUAGUUCCGGAUCAGGAGAUGUCACAUCCUCCUGUACAGCGAGCAGUGGCUUCUCGUAGGGCUCGUAGGUCAACACCAUAUGCGGCCGAGGGACUCGGAUCAGGAGAGCAUUGGUGCGACCGGGUACCAGAGGAGGCUUGGUUCUGCCAGGAGCAGGCGUAUUGGUGUGAUCCUCAGGCGGGGGUUCAAGUUGAAGUAGAGAUGCCACAGACGGGCAAGGGCUGGAAGCAGGCUCUGCAGAACUUUGAGGGAUACAUGGUAGGGGCGAUGAAGCGAAGGGCGAUCGAAGUCAGGGAAAAGCAUCUCUCUGAUGAGGAACGGCUCCAAUUCGAAGGAGCGAAAGCAAUUGAGGUGAAAAACUUUGUCGCCGCUCGCGCAUUCGAAGCAUUACCUGAAUCCUUACGUCCUAGCAAGGAGCAAGCCAUCCACAUGAGGUGGAUACUCACCUGGAAGCAGCGUGAGGACGGGACGAUGAAGGCUAAGGCAAGAGCAGUGCUCUUAGGCUUUCAGGACCCCGGAUACGCCCAUAGAUCUACUACUGCCCCAGUUAUGUCCCGGCAGUCUAGGCAACUCCUUCUACAACAAGCCGCCCGACGGAAAUGGUCUGUCUUUAAAGGAGAUGUGUCGGGGGCUUUCCUUCAAGGUCGGGAUUAUCCUGGAGUGUUACACUGCGUGCCCUGCAACGAGAUCUGCGAUGCACUUGGUGUACCGAGAGACAGCAUUAUGCGACUUAGGAAGGCGUGUUAUGGGUUGGUGGACGCUCCUCUUGAAUGGUAUAGGUCGGUGGCGGAGUUCCUUGCCGAAUUAGGAUUGGAGCGAUCCUACAGCGAUCCAUGCACCUGGCUUUGGAGAGUUGAUGGCUGUCUGAGAGGAAUGAUCUCGGGUCAUGUUGAUGACUUUCUUUUCGGAGGUUCAGACGAGGACUCAGAGUGGCAGGGAAUCCUAAAAAGGAUUAAGGACCGGUUCCAAUGGGGGGACUGGGAGCGCGACACCGAAGGCUUCACGCAGUGUGGCGUUCGCGUACUAAGGACAGCUGAAGGCUUUGAACUGAGCCAGGCCCAGUUUGUGGAAGCUCUGAAGGAGAUACCUCUGAACGCCGCCAGAAAGAGAGAGAGGAGAGAACAGACCUCGGAGAGAGAGAAAACCCAACUUAGGGCACUUCUAGGAAGUCUGAGCUGGCUGGCACAACAGACGGCACCUCAUUUGUCGGCGCCCGUCAGCCUGCUGUUGUCGGAAGUUUCUCAGAGUACCGUGGAUACUAUUGUUCGAACCAAUCAAUUAGCAUGGCAGGCGAAACAAAGGAAGAACCAUAGCAUGCUCAUUCAUGCCUUUGACGAGGACGAACCUUUGGCCAUGUUUGCAUGGGUAGACGCGGGAUCUACUAACAGGCCUGACGGUGGCAGUACCCAGGGGAUUUUCGUAGGCAUAGGACCUCAGUCUGUUCUGCAAGACGCAGUGGGUCGUAUUACUCCGGUUGCCUGGCACUCAUCAAAGGUGGAGAGGAUAUGCCGCUCUCCAGGAGCGGCUGAAGCUCAAGCAGCCGUGAAUGGGGAAGACACGCUGUUCUUCUCACGCUACCAGUGGGGUGAGCUCGAGUUUGGGGAUGUGGACUCCAGAGACGCGGAGCGAACGGUGAAUCAGGUGGUCGGUUGCUUAGUGACGGACUCGCGCAACGUGUACGACAAGCUCAACACAGAAGUCCUUACUAUAAAAGGAGCCGAGAAGAGAACGGACCUGGAAAUGUUAGGGCUCAAAGAGGCACAAUGCAACACUGGACUGCACAUUCGUUGGGUACAUUCCGAAGCACAGUUAACCAACAGUUUGACAAAAGCUGCUGGGGGACGAGAAAUGGAAUUGUACUAUCAGAUGCGUCACCAGUGGAGGAUCGUGGAGGACCCUCAGAUGAGAUCCGCAAGACGAAGACGACAAGAAGGCAUCGCGCCUCUGACGACGGACCAAGGAGAUGAACGAAAUAUUUAA